GCUGCUUUGGAUUACGGUGUUUUUCGCCGGAAAGAUUUUACCGAAAAGCCACAGAGACUUAUGAUCUAUGACAUGGGUGCUUCUAAGACAGUUGCAACUCUGGUGGAGUACAAGCUGAUUAAUGAUGGAACGGCUGCUGCUUUGGAUUACGGUGUUUUUCGCCGGAAAGAUUUCACCGAAAAGCCACAGAGACUUAUGAUCUAUGACAUGGGCGCUUCGAAGACAGUUGCAACUCUUGUGGAGUACAAGGUGGCAAAGACAAAGAAUGGUGUAAAGGAACCUAAGGUGACUGUACUUGGAGUUGGAUUUGAUCGUACGCUUGGCGGAUUGGAAAUGACGUUACGAUUGAGAGAUUUGUUGGUCAAAAUGUUCAAAGCACAUUAUAAGACCCAAAAAGAUAUUACCACUAACGAAAGAGCUAUGGCGAAGAUGUUGAAGGAAGCGGAAAGAUUGAAGCAGCGCUUAGGGAUUGCCCAGUACAAAAGGAAUAAGUGGAUUUCCUAUAAUUUGUUAUACGAAUUGUUGGGAGGCUGCAUUUGUCCAUUCGCUGCUGAGGAAGUCAUCUCGAAACUCCAUUCCAGACCGCUUAAAAAGCGCGUCGUUUUCUUAGGAGACGAGUUCAAUAGUCUGAUAGAUGGUCUGAUGAAAAGAGUCACCCCUCCGGUAGAGCAAGCUUUGAAAAUGGCUGAACUAAGUAUGGAUCAGGUAGACCAGUUUGUAUUGAUGGGUGCUGGUACUCGUGUACCAAGAGUACAAGAAGAAUUGCAAAAAUUCAUUGGAAGCUUGCGCUGUGUACGCUUGCUGGAUGUUCUUGUUUAG